AUGAAACCCGCUGCCACGUAUGAGCUGUUAGUGGAUGGUGUUGGGCCAUGGGACUUCACUGGCAAUUUUGUUCCUUGUGAGCUGCUACUUGUUGGAGAGGCUGUUCUGAUGACUUGUGAGAGGCAGGUUCUGAUUGCUGUUUCACGGUAUGAGAAGGGCUGGAUGGUGGUUGUUUCCCAUGAGGGAAUCUUGAAGGACUCCAAGUUUUCCCAGUUCCUCAGAAAUGCUGUGGGGUGGCUCAAGCCUUUCCCUGAGGCCCUGGUUGUCCAUCCUCAUUUGAAUUCCCUCUCCCAGCUGCUGGGGGUGUACCGUAGGGAUGUCUAUGACAGCAUGCAGGCAAAAGGCUUGGUUGGCUUUGUAAAGGGGGAUGGAAGGCUGCUCACUGGUGGCCAGGCCUGGCACUGGGCUAAUCAACAUGGCAAGGAGAAGGUUCUGUUUGAAUUUCCUGGCAACCAGGUAACGAGCGUGGCUGGCGUGUACUUCACAGGAAAUACAGUAGAGAAGGGCAUCUUCAAAGUUACCAAGAAUAUUUCCAAGAUGCCCUUAAUUGUCCCAAAUUCACCUUCAGUGGAGACCAACAAGUCCUUUAAGAAGGCAGCCCAGCCGACAGCCCAGCUGAAGUGCCGCUACACGAAUGCACGCAGCACGGGCAACAAACAGGAGGAGCUGGAAGCUACUGUGGUGCUAGAAACCUAUGAUAUAGUGGCCAUCACUGAAACCUGGUUGCACUCAGAGACCUUUGACCAGCUGUUCCUACCCUUCUGUUUGCCAAGUGCAGAUCACACGGAUGACCUCUCUCACGCCACAGAGCUGAAGCGAGCCCCAGUGGUAAUACAUACCUGUGAUAUUGCCUGCCAGAAACAGGCUAUUUCCUGCCUAUAGGGUGGCCAUCAUCACCAGCAAGGAGCAAUCCUGGGGAAAGUGCCCAUCAUGGUAGAAGAGGCAGUCAGAGCUCCUUUCUUCAAGCUUGGCUGGAUAUAUGCUGGCUACCCCAUCAUGGGCCACCUGGAUUCAGUGAAGGAGAUGUUAGACAUGAAGCACAUGCAAGCUACUGGUCUUUGGUGACCUGUCCAUGAGGUGGGACACAGUCAACAGCAGAAAGCAUGGGAGUUUCCCCCUUAUACCACAGAGGCCACCUGCAAUCUCUGGUCUGUUUAUGUUCAUGAGAACAUGCUGGGGAUUCCCAGGCAUCAGGUGCAUCUGGCACGUAGGUCGCAGUGUUGGGAGGCAAGAAUAAGAGAGUAUCUGAAAAAAGACACUACACUAAAGGACUGGGAGAUGUGAACUGCUCUGGAGACAUACCUGCAGGUAACUGGGAAAACUGGACGUAUUCUUAGUACAGUCAGUGAAACCUGUGUUCAGAAGGAUGCCUCUGCAGCCUGGUGA